AUGGCUGUGUCAGGUUGCACUAACGACAAUUCCUUUGGCCCGAUAGUACAGGGCUGUCGUGGUGAUUUUGACUUCACCUUGCGUUUCCAGAACAUCAUCCUGGGCAUCCUCCCGGCAGCCAUUUUCAUCCUGCUAGCACUCACUCGUGUGGCAACCCUUGCCUUCAGAUCUCGCAUCGUCGGCGGCAAAGUUCUCCAAUUUACUAAACUGGCAGUCAUCGCGGCGACUGCCGCUCUUCAACUUGUCCUACUCAUCUUAUCCUCAACAUCCAAUGAUGAAAGCGUGGAUGGGGAUACAUUUGCGGUGGCGAAUUCAGCUUUGGGAUUCAGCCAGUGGAUUGUAACACUGGCUCUUUCCUUCGCUGAACACUCUAGAGCACCAAGGCCGUCGUCAAUCCUGACCUUGUACUUGCUGCUUCAAAUCUUACUCGAUGUAACACGGUGUCGUUCCUACUGGCUCCUGGCUACUUCCUUUCAAAUCACGAGGUAUGCUGGCGUGUUUACAGCUACCAUUGGUUUAAAGGUCAUCACCCUGCUGCUUGAGCUUCAGAAUAAAGCAAGGUGGAUGACAUGGCGAAAAGAGGAUCAUAGCCCCGAGGAAACGAGCAGUCUCUUCAACCUUGGUGUUUACUUCUGGCUCAUUGGAAUCUUCCGCAAUGGAUUCAAGAAAACACUGUCGAUUAAAGACGAUCUGUAUCUUCUCGACCACGAGAUGCAGUCAAAAAUCCUUCUAGACAGGCUGACCAUUUCAUUUGCCAAAUCCUCAGCCAACGUUGGAAAACGAUUCAGACUCGCAAAGGCGCUGGGAAGAGCUCUCAUCGUUCCUCUCAUUUUGCCAGUGGUACCACGAAUCGCCAUGAUUGGUUUCCAGUACGCUCAGCCUUUCUUCAUUCAUGCCCUCCUCGAAUACCUCAUCCAUAAGGAUGUUCCCAAGAAUGACGGGUAUGGUCUCAUUGGCGCUGCUUUAAUAAUUUACGCGGGUAUUGCUAUUUCUGAUGCCCUGUUCUGGUAUUUUCACCAACGGUGUCUAUACAUGGCACGUGGUUGUUUGGCCUCGUAUGUCUACAGAUCGACUACUCAAGGCAAGAUGACAGAUAUCGGCGAUGCAGCCGUCUUGACCCUCAUGAGCACCGAUGUCGAGCGCAUCAUCUACGGCUUCCAUGGUCUUCAUGACUUUUGGGCCAACAUUAUCGAGAUCGGACUCGGCUGCUUUCUUCUGCAAAGACAACUAGGCCUAGCCUUUAUCUCCCCCAUUGUAGUGAUCCUACUCUGUGUUGCAGCUACCACCGCCAUUGCCUGGGCGAUUGGGGAGAGGCAGUCUCGUUGGAUGGCUAAGAUUGAGAGCCGUGUAGGACUCACGUCCAGCAUCAUCUCCAACAUCAAAAGUCUUCGCAUCUCAGGCAUCACGGCUCCAGUUCGUGAUCUUGUUCAAAAGAUGCGAGAGCAAGAGCUGAGUAUCGGCAACAAGUUUCGCUGGUUGCUGAUUAUGACUGCUACUGUCGCUUUUGUCCCGUCUGCCAUGUCUCCUGUCGUCGCGUUUGCCUUUACAAACGAGCAGCUGGAUACUCUCAAGAUCUUUGUGUCCUUUUCAUUCAUUACACUGCUCACCAAUCCGCUGGGAGCGAUGUUUCAAUCUGUACCGGCAGUAAUUGCUGCGUUUGUAUGCUUGGAGCGUAUCCAGAAGUUCCUCGAGAUAGAGCCUCGUGUCGACUACCGAAAGUCUUCUCGGCCUCUCUCUCCUGCAGAUGGCAGUCUGCUUGAGCAGGAUGAUGAGAAACCAUUAGGUUUAGGUCAAGGUGCUUCAAAAUCCUUGAUUUCAAUCGUUGACGGUAGCUUUGGAUGGACAUCGGAAAAGAUGACACUCACAGGCAUCUCGGUUGAUGUUCCUGUCGGGAAGCUGACGCUCGUUGUUGGCCCAGUAGCAUCUGGAAAGUCCACCUUCUGCAAGGCUCUUCUAGGCGAGGUGCCGUUCAGUAGUGGUGAAGUCAUCGUGCCUUCGACCGAGGCACCUAUUGGUUACUGCGAGCAGACGCCUUUCUUGAAAAAUGGCUCCAUUCGAGACAACAUCAUCUGGCAUUCUGUGUACAACCAGACCAGAUAUGAAGAGGUUCUGGACGCGUGCCUGUUGCGAACUGAUCUCGAUAUCCUACCAGAGGGAGACGCAACAACCAUUGGCAGCAACGGCAUCAUGCUCAGUGGUGGACAGAAGCAACGCGUAUCGCUAGCCAGGGCACUGUACCUUGAGACCGACUUCCUCCUUAUUGAUGACAUCCUGAGCGGCCUGGACAACUCCACAGGGAACGACGUCUUUCGGCGCGUGUUCGGUCCCAAUGGACUUAUGCGUCGUCGUAACGCAACAGCGAUUUUGUGCACUCACGCAAUUCGAUAUCUGCCGCUGGCGGAUCAUAUCAUUAUUCUUGCGACUGAUGGUACCGUUGGCGAACAAGGCUCAUUCGACAAACUCGCAGAGACUGGAAUAUACAUUCCGACUCUUGGGCUUUCUGAUGCCGAUGAUGCCUCCAGUACUAACUCGUCUAUUCCUGUCGAGGAGACUGUUGCGGCUACGAUGCCUGUUCCUCUCACGGCCUUUUCUACGGUUAGUAUAGGUCACCUCGAGGCCGAGUCGCGGUCAACAGGUGACGCCAAGGUUUAUCGCCACUACUAUCAGAGCGUUAAUGGCUGGGCUACCAUGACAUGUUUGCUCAGCGGUAUUAUGUACGCCGUCGGUCGUAACUUUCCCUCUAUCUGGAUGGGCUGGUGGGGAUCCAACUCCUUCGACAGGACUUCAUCGUUCUACAUUGGCAUCAUGGGCUUAUUCAGGGGUCUCCAAAUCAUCUCUCUAUUUCUGUGUGCCACUGCUGUAGUCAUAUUUAUGACCACGCAGUCUGGUAAGCUCCUUCACAAUGAGAUUCUUAAUACGCUUGUCAAUGCGCCUUUGAGGUUCUUCACGACGACUGACUUUGGUGCCGUAACGAACCUCUUUUCGCAGGACAUGACGCUUAUCGAUGGAGAGCUCCCCAUAUCUUUGCUUAACACAGUGAUCCAAAUCUUUGACGUCUUUGCAAUGGCAGUUGUUGUCGCGGUCGGUGCGCCCUGGCUAGCGAUUGCCUACCCAGUGGUAUUCUCUAUAAUCUAUAUGCUGCAGAUGUUCUACCUACGAACCUCGAGGCAACUACGUCUACUUGAUCUCGAGGCCAAGAGUCCCUUGUAUGCACACUUUCUUGAUACCAUCAGGGGUAUCGCCACUGUUCGCGCUCAAAAAUUGAGAGACCAGGAGAUCCUUUUCAACCAAGAUUUGUUGAAUCUUUCACAGAGGCCGGCUUAUCUUUUAGCCAUGGCGCAACGAUUUCUCGCCACAUUCUUGAAUCUUAUAGUCAUGGUUCUGGCCGUCGGAGUUGUCGCCAUAUCGACCCAGCUUAGAACCAACUCAGGCUUUGCUGGCUCGUCAUUGGUGACAUUGAUGUCAUGGGGAGAAUCUAUCUCCAGCCUCAUCCAGUACUACACACAAGUCGAAGUCUCGAUUGGAGCUGUGUCGCGUCUCAAGGCGUUUGCACAGAAUGUGCCGUCUGAGAAUUUGGAUCAAGAGGAUCUCGAACCGGCUGAGGAGUGGCCGACGCAGGGUGAUAUUGCCAUCCGGGGUGUCUCGGCUUCGUACAAGAAUGAUGAUGAGUCUCCUGCUUCAGAGGACGACGAAGAAUCACCGAACCUCGCAUUGGAAGACCUUACCAUCUUAGUUAAGCCGGGGCAGAAGGUGGCCUUGUGUGGCCGAACAGGCAGCGGCAAAUCCUCUAUCAUUCUUCUUCUCCUUCGUCUUCUGGAUCCCCUCUCCAACCAGUCUGAGAACAUUGUGAUAGACGGGGUUCCCUACAACCGGGUUAACCGGUCAAUCCUUCGCCGUCGUCUUAUCGCAGUACCUCAGGACCCUGUCUUUCUACCCGACGGCAGCAGUAUUAAGGAGAACCUGGAUCCUUUCAACGUGGCGUCAGAUGAGGAAUGUCUUGCUGUACUAGAAGACGUCCGACUGACUAAAUUCGCAACCGAUCAUGGCUCGAUUCAUGCAGGUAUCAGAGCUGAUGAGCUGAGUGCCGGGCAGAAACAGCUCUUUAGUCUCGGUCGCGCUGUUCUACGCCGCAGAGUCAAACAGCGUCUCUUUUCGAUCCAUGGAGGUGUUCUACUCCUAGAUGAAGUUAGCUCGAGCGUCGACAGUGCAACAGACAAUUUGGUGCAGGAGAUCAUCAAAGAGGAGUUUGCAGACUAUACUAUUGUGAUGGUAUCCCACAGGUUGAACAUAGUUAUGGAAUACUUCGACUCUGUAGUGGUUCUCGAUCGAGGUCGAGUUGUCGAAACUGGUGAUCCUAGGGAUCUGGCCAAGACUGAAGGAAGCUGGUUUAGCCAGUUAUGGGCAAUGGAGAAGAAGUAA